AUGAAAAACAGUGUUACCGUUGCAGUUAUAAAAGUAGCGCGCAGUACUCGAAAUGCAGAGGAGAGAAUAACCACGAAAACGACACCUUUAGCUGCAAAACAUACAAAGAUCAAAAUCUUUUUCUUUGUCACUCGACUGUAUGAAUAUGGAUGCAGUAUUGCAAUGUAUCUUUCCAACGUCAUUCCAAAUAAUAUAAGCGUCGAUAUCCCGAGUGUUAUACGCGAUAAUCCGUACGCUAGACCUGCUACAAAGCAGUUUGAAUCUCCUCUUACUUCACCAGAAAGAUUGGCAAGAAAUGAAGGUAUCCCCAAAACACCAACUGCAAAAUCCGCUGCAGAUUGUAUAAGAAUGAUAAAAUAG